AUGGCUGGGGACACGUACACGCCAGUGGACGAACUGGUUGUGUGCGAAGAACCAGAGGAAGAAAAGGGAAUCGACGAAAGCCACAUCGACACCGUCGAGAAGUUCGACAACGAUGGCAUUUCUGGAAAUGCGCUACAAGUUGCGUGUAUGAACGACGAUGUGGGUUCUGUCCAGGGUUUGGCACCGGGUGGGGCUGAGAUCGACUCCAACGAUGGAAAUGACUACGCUGCAUUGGUCUGCGCGGCGGAACAAGGACGUACGCAAAAUGUCGAAAAGCUGCUGGAAAAAAUGGGUGCAUUCAUCGACUUGGUCUACGAUGAUGGGUGGAGAGCUCUUUAUUUUUACGUAGCUCUUAUGCGUGCUACGGAAGAGGGGCAUCCCGAUAUUGUUGAACUGGUGUUAGAGAACGGAGCAGAAGUCGACAAACAUGGAUCAAACGGAGUCACGGCGUUGAUUCUAGCAUGUCAUAACGGGAACGUUCGUACAGUUCUAUCGCUUCUCAAGCAUGGAGCAUCGGUAGAUUUGGUCGAUGAAGAAGGUGAUAGUCCUCUUAUGGUUGCAGCCGUCAAAGGACAUCUGGAUGUUGUGAAACUGUUGUUGGAAAACAGUGCGAGUAUCGAUUUGAGUAACAAUAGCGGGUGGACAGCUCUGAUGAAAGCUUGUUCAAAGGGCUACACUGACAUUGUUGCGUCGCUGCUGGAUAAUACUGCAUCCAUUAACCAGUCAAACGCCUACGGGUGGACCGCUCUCCAUCUUGCUUGUGAAAAUGGACACCUUCACGUCGUAGAGUUGCUUCUGAAUCGCGGAGCGGUAAUGGCUACAGUUAAUUGUGGUGGAGACAGCCCACUUAUCACAGCAGCGGAGAAUGGCUACACUGAUCUGGUAGAUUUCCUUUUAAAGCACGGCGCUUUUGUGGAUUUGGUAAACUUCACUGGCUGGACUGCGCUUCAAAGUGCUGCAGAAAAGAACCACAAAGACGUAGUGGAAAUAUUACUGAAGAACGAUUCUAACAUCGACAAACAAGCCAGGGGCAGAAAUACUGCACUUAGCGUCGCGUGUGAACAUGGCUCCAUUGACGUUGUUCGUCUCCUAGUCGAGCGAGGCGCGGACGUUGAUUUAACUAACUCAGGUGAGGCUUCGCCACUCUUGAUCGCUGCCGAGUGUGGCCAUGAAGAAGUGGUGAGAUUUCUAGCCGAACAGGGAGCGUCACUGGAUCUACGGGAGGACGAAGACUGGACUGCAUUGAUGUUUGCUUGUAAGAAUGACUACACUGGAGUUAUAGCGGUGUUACUGGAGAACGGAGCAAGUAUCGAUCUGAAGCUUCCAAAUGGGUUCAGCAGUCUGCACAUUGCGUGCGAAUAUGGCAGUUUUGAUGCUGUAAAGAUCCUUAUAGAGAGAGGUGCCUCCGUUAACGACAUAGACGACGAUGGCGACAGCCCCCUUUAUACGGCCGCACUAUAUGGCCAUGCAGACAUCGUGAAGUUUCUUUUACACCAUGGAGCGUCCACUAGUUUGGCGGAUAAUUCAGGCUGGACACCAUUGAUGAAAGCGAGUGAACAAGGCCAAGUAAAGGUGGUGAAGGCAUUGCUGAAGACAAAUUCAAUUGAGAAGUUUAUUGAUAUACAGCUACCCACAGGGGCCACAGCGUUAAAUAUCGCGUGCGAGUAUGGAGAGAUGGAUAUUGUAGUGGCUCUAGUGAAUCGUGGAGCUUCUAUUGAACUGGCUGAUAAUGAAGGAUAUACGCCAUUGAUCACGGCCGCACAGUUGGGAUACUCGGAUAUUGUCCAGUUUCUCGUGAAUAGAGGGGCUAAUAUGGAUGCGCGUUUACCUAGUGGAGGUACGGCGUUAGUCACUGCGAUUUGGUACAAACGCUUGGAUGUCGUUCGGAUUCUCUUGGAUAAUGGAGCGAAUAUCAAUUUAGCGGGAGAUUUUCAGAACUGGCCGCCACUGACGGUCGCGUAUUUCAGCGGAUAUAGCGAAAUGGUGCAGCUCAUCUACGAGAUCCUCCCAGCUGACAAGAAGCUGAGCUUCUUCGACACCGUUUCGGGGUUUUCAUCAAUCAAAUUUUCUUCAGAUAUUCCUGAAGAAUCUAAAGUGAAUGUUGGGAUCGACUACAAGCGUCGCAAUGGUGACACUGCACUUCGAAUUGCGUGUGAACGGGGAGAUGUGAAGACAGUUGAGGCGCUUUUGAGCAACCCAAACAAUGACAUUAACGUCACAGACAAGAACGAGUGGACUCCACUAAUGAGUGCCUGUUGGCAGGGCCACGUCAAAGUUGUGGAAGCUCUUUUAGCAAAAGGAGCAGAUGUUAACAAACAGCCCCUUGAUGGAUUCAGUGCUCUUCACCAGGCUUGUGGAUUCGGGGACAUCACCGUCGUCCGACUUCUUCUUCACCAUGUGGAAUACGGAGCGUGUAUUGACGCAGUGGAUGAAGAUGGCAACACGCCAUUAAUCACUGCGGCUGAGAACGGUCCUAUUGAAAUCGUGGAGUUUUUGUUCCAACAUGGAGCGUCUAUCACAGAUACCAACAACGCUGGUGGGAAUCCAAUUCAGGGUGCUGCUCUGAAUGGACAUCUCGAUAUUAUCCGUCUUCUUCUUGAUCGUGGCGCAUCCCUCGACGCAGUGGAUGAUAACGGCUACAAUCUGUUGAUCUUAGCGGCUGGAAAUGGACAUCUCGAUGUGGUAUCAUUCCUCAUCGACAACGGUAUCUCAGUCGAAUUUUUCAAUAAUUCUGGUGAGAAUCCGUUAAUGAAAGCCUGUGAAGGGGGUCACAGUGACGUAGUAUCGUUCCUUCUGGAGAAGGGGGCAGUUGUGAAUAAACAGAGCUCAAGUGGAUCUACAGCUCUUCAUUUCUCCUGUCAGAAUGGACACGUUGACGUUGUGAAAAUACUACUUGAACAUGAUGCACCCGUGGAUUCAGUGGAUGAAGACGGCGAUACACCACUGAUUCUUGCUGCUGUAAAUGGUCACACUGAUUGUGUAAAUCGGUUGCUUGAUAACGGAGCGAGUAUUGAGUUCACCAAUAACAACGAAUGGAACCCUCUUCAUAGUGCUGCUGGCGAAGGCCACGUGAGUGUAGUCGCCUUGCUUGUGAAGGAAGGGGCCAACAUUAACGCGCAAUGUCCACACGGGUCGUAUGCGUUACUCGUAGCGUCGGAAUAUGGUUUCUCAGAUACUGUGGCGUUUCUUCUUGAGCAUGGGGCGUCUAUUGAUGCGAUUGAUGGAGACGGUGACAAUGCCCUACUGCUUGCAGCGAAAUCAGGGCUCGAUGAAGCGGUAAAGACUUUGAUCGAAAAGGGAUUAUCAGUGGAUUUUACCAAUAAUGAGGGCAAAAGCGCUCUACUGAAUGCUGCGAUGGAGGGGCAUGUUGAUGUGGUUUCGGUGCUUCUAGAUGCCGGAGCAAACAUUGAUCAACGAGGACCAAACGGAACAACUGCACUGCUUGGCGCUUGCAAGAAUGGUCAUCUCGGCGUUGUUCAGGUUUUAGUCGAGAACGGGGCAGCCACUGACGUCAGAGACGAAGAGGGGAUGGAUUGCAUUGCUACUGCUCGUGCACACGGUCAAGAAGACGUGGUCGACUUCUUGUCGUCGUCGAAAGAGACACCUGUUAGCUGACAAUGUAGUUUAUUUGAUUCACAGAACCAACUCGUCUCAACGGAGCCAUAGUUCUUAACAUUGCUACCAGGAAGAACCAUCUCUCAGUGGUUGAGCUGUUUCUCAAGCAAUUUGUGGAAUAUUGAAAUUUCCGUACCAUGUCC